GAACGAUAGGCUCAUGGCUAACAAACAUCGGAGACCUUUUCGGUUAUGACGUGCACAAACGGCCGUCAAUGGUGCGGCCCCCAGUGACUGUCCUCACAGCCGCAGUGCCCGCAAACCUAAUCGCAGGACCGGUCUUCGCCCGACAGAAGGCAGUGGGCCCGGCGCCUCCGCCAAAAUCGGCCCCUGCACCAGCCCCGGCCCCGGCCCCAGCCCCAGCACCUGCCCCAGCUCCGGCCCCGGCCCCGGCCCCAGCCCCCGCACCAGCCCCAGCCCCGCAACUACUAACAGAAUCGGUGCAAAAAACAUUCAAUGUCGCCUUCAACUGGGGAAAGAACGUCCAGACUUUACCACCUCCGGGGAAAGCGGCCCCGGUUUUAAUUCCGGUUGCUGUCCCGGCUCCGGCACCGGCCCCAGCCCCGGCUCCGGCGCCCGCUCCGGCACCUGCCCCCGCUCCGGCCCCAGCUCCGGCGCCCGCGCCUCCGGCGAAACCCGGAGCGCCCCCAAAACCGCCCUCCAAAGUCCAGUUACUGCGAGAGUACGAUGAGGAUUAUCCCGCAAGGUUAGAUUUACCGGAAAAGGUCCAAAUCGAACUCCCGGAUUACUCGACUGACUCCGGAUCGGAAAAGCGUGAAAUUAAUUACGAUUAUCUCCAUUCGAAAGAGAAUUUUAAAGAAGGAUUUAAAACGUUUUGGGAUAAUUCUCCUUACACCGCAGAACAUGGCUAUAAGUUUCUAGCACCGCAAGCGAAUUCGCAAGAAAAUUUCCAAAAAGAUAUUCCAUUAUCGAAAUACGAGGAGUACGAUUUGAAACCUAAGCACCAUAACAGUAUUCGAAGUGUUUCAACUCCGAAAUUUUUUGUUAAUUCCCACAGUUUGAACAUCGAUGAGACGCCACUUUUGGAAGUUCACGACGUUAAUGGUGAUUUAGCCAAACAAAAUAUUGAGCUUCAUAGACACAUUUUGGAAUAUUAUAAAAAAAAAUUUGCAGCGGAUGCGGAAACUGCACGGCGACAAGCGCAUCAACUUGCGCCCCCGCAAAAAAUCACCUACCAAGCUGUUGGCCCCGAAAAACAAUACCUGACUCUAGAACGGCUAGAUAAAAUCAUUCAGAGAGGGAGAGAUAAUUACUACAAAAAGGAAAACUUGAGAAAUUACGGGGAAGAAGUUGAGGAAACUCCCGCCCCGGUUUUGCACUCGAAAAAUCCCGAAAGAGAAAACUUGAAACAUUACGAGGAAGAAGUUGAGGAAAUUCCCGCUCCGGUUUUCCACUCGAAAAAUCCCGAAAGAGAAAACUUGAAAAAUUACGAGGAAGAAGUUGAGGAAAUUCCUGCUCCGGUGUUCCAUUUGAAAAAUCCUGAAAGAGAAAACUUGAAAAACCAUAAAGAAGAAAAUGAAGAACGAUCUUUGAAAAGUGCGUCACCGAAGGAUGAUGUUGAAGAGAUCAGCAAAACGAAGAAAGAUGAGCCAAAAAAAGAGGAGGAAGAGGAAGAAAUUGAAGAAGUGCCACCGACCGAAUUCACCAAGAGUCUCAAAUUCGAUCCUGAAAAAAAGUUUCAGGAGUUUAAGUUUCUUCCCCCUGAAGACACGAGUAAAGAGGUUAAGGGCGUUGACAGGACCAUCGAUGAUGAAAUAUCCUCAAAUUUUCAAAGAAAUCACAAGAAAUACGAAGACAUAAAGGACGAUUUUUUGCAAAAACAUGAAGAUAAGGAGGAGAUAAGUGAGAAAUUGAGGAAGCAACCAACCCCUGCGCCUUUUAAAAUCGUGGACGUUGACGAGAAGGAAAAUUUUGACUACGAAAUGUUGCCACACUUGAGCGAAGAAAGCAAAAGUGAAGACAUAAAGGAAGAGAAAAAUUUGGAGAAGGAGGAGCCUCAUGUUGAAGACCACGACAAACAGUUUGAAAAUAUUCGGCAAGAAUUUCUAGAUCGAGAAAAGCAGUACACGGGAUAUACGCCCGAAGAAAAACGCCGGGAUUCCAACGAGAAAGAAAUAAUCGCAUUCCAUGACGUUGAUGGAAAUGUUUAUCGCGAAAAUGCGGAAGAAGGGGAAGAAUACGAAGGCCAGAAUGAAGAUUACGACGAGGGCAAAAAAGAAGUGGAACAGAAAGCCGUCAACGAUCAUUACGCUAAUUACAACCGAGACGAUGGAAAUAAAUUCCGAAUUUACUUCGAUUACGAAAACGAAGAAGAAAAACUGCCUUUCUACACCGGAGACAUUGAGGGUUACGUAAAACACGAAUUCGAAAACGACCGAAAUAACUUGAAGCAAAAAACGGAACAAAACCUCGAAAACUACUACCGCAGUCUGGAGGAAGGGGACCCCAACCAGGGCGAAGAGAGUGAAAAGGUGCAACAAGACUGCGAAACAGACGAAGAAAAAGAACCAGAAAAUGAAGAAACGAAACAAGAAGAAGAAAAACAGUCCUUGAAGAAAGUCAAGGGAUUUUUCGUAGCACCGACACAAGCCCAGAACUUGGCUCCGAAUUUAUACGAAGGGAUCGACCACGCUAGUGCCUUUCUAUCAAUUCCUAAUUACUUCGGCGAGCAUCAGCAGGCAGCCCCCGGAUUUGAGCACAAUUUCGGGAAGAAUUUCCCCGUGAAGCAACAACAAGCCGCCACGCAAAAUUCCGAAGUCGUUCAGCCGCUCUACUCCGGUAUUAUUAGCGUGGGGGCGUUGCAAGAGCUGGACAAGUCUAACAAACCGUUGACGAUUCCGUUCGAUUUUGAUUACAGCGCGUCUGAAAUCAAGGUGAAGAAGACGAAAGUCGCCUUUGAUAGUAAACCAGCCGCGACGGAAUAUACAGGGUAUGAGAGUCAUUAUGUGCCUGAGAAAUAUACAGAGGACUUUUCUUAUACUGUUCCAGAACCGCCACCGGUUGAUUACGCGAAACUCGAAGCUAAAGAUUUCGAGGAUGAUGAUACGCUUUCGAAAAAUGCUAAAAUUUUAAAUUUGGAGUCGGGGAGAACGGAGGCUUUUUUGACCAUUAACGGGAACAAGUAUCAUCUCUAGGAAUCGGUAGAAAAUCAUAGUCUAAUUUAUUAUUACACGUGACCAAAUAGCGUUAUGUUGAAAAUAAGUUUUUAUAUUGUUGCACCAUUUGUUAAAAAAUUAUGUAAAUAACUACAAAGAUCUUACUUAUUUAAUGACACUCAUUAUCGUGCUU